CGAUAAAUGUCCUAGUUUUAGACUGGGGUGAAGAAAAUGGCGCUGUAGUUUGUUUGCCAAGAUUGAUAAAAUAUAUGUAUAUAGCGUUUCAGAAGAUUCGUUUGAGUUGAGUUAGUCACGUAGCAAUAUCGCCACAUUUUAUCGUUAUCAUUAUGGCUGGAGCUGGUGACAUUCUUUUGCUGUCGCAGUAGGGGGUAACACAUAGACGGCUGACACCAGAUACAGUGACCUGGGCAACUAUUUCGGACAGCUUCAGAACAAAUUAACUAACUAUUAGGCCUUUACUCAAAAAUGGUUUAUCUCUUAUGACAGUUUUGAAAUUAAGAACUCCGUGAUUUACAUGAACAGAAGACAGAAAACUAGAGGUUGAAGAAAUGCUGGUUUAUUGACUGUGUCGGAGUUAUCGCAUUGAGUGUAGACUAUGGGAAGCACUCCGUCUAAGCCCUCCUCUGGGGGGAAUGCCCCCCAGGCCAGGCAAGCCCCAGGGAGGCCCCAAGUCGUGCGAGUUCAGCCUAACACACGUGGGCAAAUAACAUAUAUACCACCAGCACAACCUCAGCCGCAAGUAAUGUGUAUUACGACGAAUCAGCAAAACAACAUGAUGCAACAGCAGCAGCAGCCUCGUAUGCCGUACUACCCACAACCUAUGCCGUACGGAUACCGACAUCCACAGCCGUAUUACCGACCGCCGUACCCGCCUCGUCCAUAUCUGCCACCGCGGCCCCCUCAGCCACCGCCCUAUCAACCUAGGCAGCCUGUCAGCACCGUCCCUGCAACGAGCAAGGAAGCACCGGUGAAGGCUGAGACGCCCGUGCGUAGCUCUCAAGUGUCCGUGAAUGUGACGUCAACGUCAGACUCUCCCGUACCCAAAAAACCACGGAGAGAUUCCGUGUUGAAGAAAGCACCAAUUCCAAAGCUUGUGUAUGAAAAUCUCGACGAGACCCCGCCACCAAAGCCUACAGUGCGACGGAAAAUUGAGAUAUUUGAGAAGAAGAAAUAUGAAUUUAUUGACAAAAGAUCAACACAGGUUGAGAAUUCGUUGCUAGAGUCAAAUCUAGAAGCUUUGGUCAAGUAUUUAACAGAAGGCCCAUGGGGAGAUUUAGGGAAGGUUAGAGCUAUCUUCUGGUGGCUGACGUCUGUGGAUGUUAAUGACGUCGAAAAACUUAUGACGUCAGCAGAUUCUCUUCCAUCUACCAACACACCGCUGGAUUACCUUUGCAGAAUAAAGUGGAAUAAGGGUUGUCAUGCCCAUUUGUUUGCAUGGAUGUGUAGAUGCGCUCAAGUGCCUUGCGAAAUUAUCACUGGUGUAAAUAAAAGUUCGGCCUACACCUUGGGGGAGGCCGUGCAACCCGAUAAGAUGCGUGGACAGUGGAAUGCGGUUUAUGUUGAAGACGAGUGGCACCUGGUGGACGUUUUCUGGGCGUCCACGUGCGUAGUUGGCCAGGGGAAAUCUGAGUGGCAAUUGCUGGAAAAUGAUGGAAGGGCUAUCAGAAAUGAAGAGGAAGAAGAAGAAGAUCAGUUAGCUGAAGAAGAAAUCAAACACUGGACGAACGAGUUUUAUUUUUUGACCGACCCUUCUGCUCUCAUUUACACUCACUUGCCUGACGAUGCAAAUUGGCAACUUCUGUCAGAUCCUAUUAGUUUUCAAGACUUCGAGAAAGCUGUGUAUCUGAGAGAACGGUUCUUUGAAAUGGACUUAUCAAUGAACGACCGCAGUCAACGUCAGUGUGUAUUGCAGACCACGGAAGGCGAAAUCAGCAUAGAAUUUUCGUUCAAACCCAAAAGUGGGUUGGUGUUUAUGUACAGAAUAUCCAAAUCAUUAAAAGGCUUCGCCGAUGGUGAUGAUGAAGAUGAUGAUGAAGAAGAAGAAAAGGAAGUCCAUAACAGACUCGAAAAUUUCGUUUUUGUCGAAAGUUCCCGGCGGAAAAUCCGAUACACCGUGGGUCUGCCGAUUACAGGCAGGUUUAAAAUGGACAUUCACGGAAAAGCCAAGAGAAAGCAUGAAGAUUUCAAGCUCGUCUCCUCGUACAUUAUAGAUUGUCCCGAGGCAAAGAAGAAAUGCGAGCCUCUUCCAGAUAACCCAGAGAUCGGCUACGGCCCCAAUGAGGAAACAGAGGAGGUCGGAAUGGUACCAACCACUCACGAUCAAGCUGUCAUCGAGACUAGCGACGGUACCUUGGAAAUAAAAUUUGACUGCACAGUAGGCGUUGACUUAGAACACAGUCUGGUCAGCAACGGCAUGGAUGAGCACGCUCUUAAGGAUUACGUCACCACCAGGAACGAAAACGGGGUAGCCACCGUCAACGUGCGCCUUCCUAAAAAGGGGGAGUAUGCUCUUAAGAUAAAUGCCAUUGGAGAAGGCAUGCUAGGAGACGUGCCAAAUGUGUGUAAUUAUCUCAUCCGUUGCAGUAACGAUAACCCCGACAUCAAGCCCUUCCCCAAACUCAACACGGGCAUUCUAGGCAAGGAUGCACUCAGUGACAAGUUGGGGGUGUCCUGUACCAGCCAUCCCGGGGGUCUGAUUAACACCGACCAGGGAGAGGUGACGGUAGAAUUCCAAGUGGGUACCUCCAUUGAAUUGUUCUGCGAGGUUCAUCACGCCGAUGUGCCCGACGAGGUCUUGCAGAAGCUUCUACGUCGUCGUAAUAUUGAUGAAAACAACGUGGCUUUCGACCUGGGUCUGCCAAAAGGCGGGGAAUACUCGUUCAACAUCCUGGCUUGCAGAACUAACGAAAACUCUCCUCGGCUCUUCAAUGCCUACAACGCCCUUAUUGUGUCUUCGGCUGAAAACAUGGAUCUCGAAGAGUUCACCGAUCUUGACGCUCCCGAGGGGGAGGCAGUACCAGUUGCCGCAGAACCAGAAAAGAAAGAGGUUGUGAAUCCUAAAGUUGAAUACAAGCUAGAGGAAGAGAUGUGGAAAAAUAAGCGAAUCACAGACAUGUUUGCGGAGUUAAGGCGAAAAAAUGCUCACGAUGCAUUCGACACCCAUCAGGUCUCCUUGGGUUGUAACGAAAAGGGGGAAUCAGUCGUCACCCUCGAGAUGGGAAAAGACGGAGAAUUUACACUCAAUUUCUUUGAAAGAACUCAGGAGAACGCCAUUACCAAAGUACAGGCCUGGACUCUUACGAAAAAACAGCCGUCAUUCGAGGAUGAGCCAGAUUUCGUGGAGGAUGCGGCAGAUGAAGAGGAGAGGAAGCGAGCCGAGUACCACCAGCUCCUCCGCCGCACUUUGAAGCAAGAAAUGGGACGAGAUCCAAUUCGAAUUAAAGAACUUGGAGACGCUAUUGAGGAAUAUAAGAAUAACGAUGUCCAAGACCCCGAAGACUAUGCACAAAAGGCUACCGACCUUCUUAACUUCCACAAGGCAAAAGAAGACCUUGUCAGUGCCAUGAAGAGACGCCAUCUUGACGACCUGGAGAAAGCUCUUUCACAAGGCGCCGUGAACAACCUAAAUCACGAGAUGGACAAACUACUCGAGUUGGGGACAAGGAUAUUUGAAGAGCUGACCAACCUCGAUCUACUAAAGAAAGAAGUGGACAAGCUGAACCAGAAGACCAUCGCGGAGAUAAAGGCGUACAACCAUCCGUCCAAUACUAUCCAUCAAAUCAUGAUAGCUACCUUCAUGCUACUGGGACAUGAUGAAAAAGAACUCCAGAGCUGGCAGAAGGUUCGUGCGCUGCUCGCUGAGCAUGUUAAAGAGAAGAUCAAACAGUUCGACGUGACCAACCUGACCAUCGACACUGCCCUGAACGCCAAGAAACUCCUGGAAGGCUUCGAGCUGGAGAAACUGAAGGAAGUGAGCGUCAUGAUUGCAACAUUCUUUGCCUGGUGCAAGGGGGUGAUACGUGAAUCUAUCACAAGAGUUGCAGACCAGGAAUUGGAAAGGAUGAGUAACCAGGCCAAGCCAAUAGUCGGAGAAGUCAAGACGUCUAGGAAGAUUUUCUAAAGUAUUGAUGCUUUCGGUUUGAGCACCUUGCUGAGCCGAUGUUUUUAACAUAUUACAAUUCUAGAGAUUUGGAAUGUUUUAAUUUUAAUACCAGUUUUGAAGGACUGUACAAUAUGCUCAUAGUAAAAACAGACACUAUGCAGUUGAAUGCUCAUCUUUUUUUAGAUAUUCUUAUCUGUAAUUUAAGGGAAAUUUCUCCGUCCAAUUUGUGAUAUCAUGCUAUUGUCUUUCGUGCCACACGUUAUAGCGUAGGCCAUAUUACUAAUGACUAAAAAAGCACUCAAAGAGGGCAGACCUCCGCCAAGGCAGCAAAGUCUCCAUCCAAUGCCGUUUCACCCCUAAAUUUUCGAGAUGUUUGAUUAUU